UGUGUCCCCGGGAGGCCCCCACCCCCAGGUGCCCGGAAACCCCAAAGGUUGUGAGCCCUGGUUCAAAGCUACAGACUAACAGUCACCCCACUUCUAGAAACCUGCCCUGGGCGCUGCUCUUAAAAUGUUCCCGGGGCUGGUUACGUGCAGUCAGCUGAUUGGAGACCAGUUACAGGAGCGGCCUUCUAGCAGAGUGUUCCUUUGUAUUUUUUUUUCCCACUUCAUUUGUGUAGGAGCGUACACCGAAAGAAAACCCCAGCAUGAGCUAUGUAUCCGACAAAGCUGAAAAAAGAGCAGUUUUUGGAAAACAAGUGAAAGUCCUUCUCACCCCCUUAUUCACGGAAGGAGAGAAAUGCAACAAACGUCUGCCCCAGAAACGCUUACUGGAAAAGUUUUCUAGUAAUGAGGGCUCUUCAGAAAGAGAACCAAAAGUCAAAAAAUCCUGUGAUGAUCUCACAAGUCUGCAAAUAAGAGAUGAAUCCUACAAGGCUUCUUCCAGUCCACAAGAAGUAAUCCCCGAUACGUCUUCACUUCCUAAUCAGAGUAGCAUGGUGUCAUCCACAAACACCUCCGUUAUGGUUGAUCAUGAUUCAGAAACCAAUGGGGACACAGACCAUGAAGGAAGCAAUUUGGAUACCUCUUAUCUGGAUGGAUCUUCACAGCUGUCAGCCUAUGAAAGAAAAAGACUGAAGAACAUUAUGGAAAAUGCUAAUUUCUUUGCUUCUCUAAAGCUGCUUGAGUCAGCUUCAAGACUUCGUGAAAUAGCAACCAAAAGACAAUCUCAUGGAAUCAAAAGAGUUAAACCCAAAAAGACAGAAUGUGAGACAGUGCGUCGAAGAUCUAUGCGCUUGCAAAAAGUAGAUCCGUCAGGAGUUCCGUUGCCAGAAAUUCCAGCACAGCCAGAACCAGAAACUGAUGAAUAUCGUCAGUUGCCACCUGGACCUCUUCCAAUGGUAACUGCAAAUCAGAGCAAGGAAUUAACGGACACGUUUCUGGACACAUGGACACAGAUAAGUCAGAUAAAACCUACUGAUACUGAAAAACAUCUAUGUAACAUAGAAAGAUACAAAGCCAGUCUGAGUCGUAUGAUCCUGAGUGAAGAUGCUGUUACAAAAGUUGUCAAAAAUAGAAUAUAUUCUGUGGCCAUCCAUCCUUCUGAAAGCAGAACCUUGGUGGCAGCGGGAGACAAGUCUGGACAGAUUGGUCUUUGGGAUUUGAACUCAAAAUCUGAAGAUGGAAUUUAUGUCUUUAUACCACAUAGUCAGCCAGUGAGCUGCAUGUAUUUUUCUCCAUGUAAUCCUGCUCAUCUGCUGUCUCUGAGCCAUGAUGGAACAGUACGAUGUGGGGAUGUUACCAGAGCUGUCUUUGAAGAGGUGUACAGAAGUGAAGAAAACAGCUUAUCUUCCUUUGACUUCUUGACAGACAAUACAUCCUCAUUGGUGGUGGGACAGUGGGAUGGUGAUGUGGCCAUUGUGGACAGACGGACACCAGGAACUUCUUCUGAACUUACUGCAAACGUUAAUUCAAAGACUACAAGGACUGUCCAUGUUCAUCCUGUGAACAGACAAUAUUUCAUUGCUGCAGGCGCAGUGAAUGUUGGCGUGUAUGAUACACGGUACUUGAAGCCUAAUGGAAAUAAGCCCAUACUCUUUCUUAGUGGACACACAAAGAGUGUUGCUUCUGCAUAUUUCUCACCUAUUACUGGCCACAGAGUGGUGACAACGUGUGCUGAUGAUAAGUUGAGAGUCUAUGACACCAGCUCUUUAUCAGCUGCGAUUCCUGUUGUCACUGCUAUCAGACAUAACAAUAACACAGGCCGCUGGUUAACUAGGUUCAGAGCAGUGUGGGACCCUAAACAGGAAGACUGUUUUGUGGUUGGCAGCAUGGCACGCCCACGGCAAAUAGAAAUCUUCCAGGCUACUGGUAAACUGUUGCACUCUUUUUAUAAUGAAGAUUACCUUGGCUCUGUUUGUUCCAUCAACGCUGUGCACCCUACAAAGAAUAUCCUAGUUGGUGGCAACUCCAGUGGCCGUCUCCAUGUUUUUAAAGAUUGCUGAAGUUUUUCCUACAUAAAGUAUGUUCAGUGUUGUGUGUUUCUCAGGUCAAAGAUAUACAUUAAAAGGCUUUAACUUGCACAUUA